AUGCGAAUACAAUCCAGCGGAGUCACACUACUGCUGUCCUCAGUGCUACCCAGUCUAAGCGCGGCACUGACCUUCGACUGCUCCCACAUCAAUGUCGACAAGUACAAAUACGACUUCAGUCCCUUGAGCGGCGUCCACGAGCUAUACCACGUCAACGAGACGGAAACCGCCGUGACAAAUACGACCUACGUUCUCAACAUUUGCAAAAACCUGGGCAGCAAGGCCGCAGACCGUGGAGAUGAUGGAAAGUGCGGACAGACCAAGCGAAUUUGCGGCUUCGUGAACCGACACCCAACCGACGGCAACGGCAGCCAGCGCUUCGGCUUCCCGAUCGUCGGUCUCGAUCCUAUGGGCGGGGGCUCGAUGGAGCCAGAGUUCACGCGACUAGCCACGAUCGACCCCGACACCGAGGGUGUCCGGGUCAAGCUUGCCGGCGGCGAGUUCAGGGGAGACGACGACGAAGGGAAGAAGAAGGAUGCCGCAGCCGUGAUUGAUUUUACGUGUGACCCAGGCCGCUCUGGACUGGAAGGGCUUGUCACGGAGGAAGACAGCUCGGAUGCAGAUGAGGAGAAGCGGCGCCGCGAUGAAAAAUCCAGGGACGGCAGUUUGCAGUUCAAGAGCUUCGAGCUGGGUGAGGAUGAUACUUAUAUCUUGAAACUGGAUUGGCGCACGCGGUAUGCUUGCGAUGAUUAUCAGCGGGGGAAGCAGAAUAACUCGAAUUCCUGGGGGUUCUUCACUUGGAUGAUUAUCAUUGUCUUCCUCUGCGUCGCCGCCUACCUCAUCUUCGGCUCCUGGCUCAACUACAACCGCUACAGCGCCCGUGGCUGGGAUCUUCUUCCACACGGCGAUACCCUCCGCGAUGUCCCCUACCUCAUGAAAGACUGGGUUCGAAGCGUGAUCAACACAUUGCAAGGGUCCGGGUCGAGGGGAGGGUACAGUGCGGUAUAA